AGGCUGGCUCUCAUUUCUGUCGUCCCGCUGACCGGACCGGCACGAUGGCUCGCUCGGUGACCGUGAUCUUUCUGGUGCUUGUCUCUCUGGCCGUCGUGCUUGCCAUUCAGAAAACUCCCCAAAUUCAAGUGUACUCUCGCCAUCCACCGGAGAACGGGAAGCCCAACUUCCUCAACUGCUACGUGUCUCAGUUCCACCCACCUCAGAUAGAAAUUGAGCUACUGAAGAAUGGAAAGAAGAUACCAAAUAUUGAGAUGUCGGAUCUGUCCUUCAGCAAGGACUGGUCUUUCUACAUCCUGGCUCACACCGAAUUCACACCCACCGCGACCGAUGUUUAUGCUUGCAGAGUUAAACACGUCACUCUGAAGGAGCCCAAAACCGUCACCUGGGACCGAGACAUGUAAUCAAGCUCUAUGGAGGUAGGUUUCUUGACUUUGAGUAGUGGGCCUUUGUGGGGAGGUGGCUGGAGCUGGGGGUAGAGCACAUGCCUAGCGUGUAUAAGGCCUUGAGUUCUGGGCCCAGCACUGCAGGAAGAGAAUUGUUUGAUUCACUAUCCUAGGAGCUGUUUAUAGACAGCUCAAACAUGAUAAACACCACUGUAUGAAAGACAUUAAUCAGGGUAGCUUGUCAGUAGCUACAGAAGAAUCCUUUGGGGUCAGAUUCCUUUAUCCUGUGGAUUGGCAGGAAGGAGGCCACAUCACUAGCCCCUCUAAAGGGAGAAUGGCACCUUUGUGUAGGCAGCAAGGCAGGUGGGAGGCCGAGAUCACCCGCACAGCCUGCAUGGGUGUGGCCGACCUGUUUGUACCCUGGCAGCCCUGCUGAGAAGGCCCUGGACAAGGGACAUGCUCUUCACCCAGCAGAACCAGGUGACAGAGUCCCACAGGUGCCCUUGGCCCUUUCAGUUUCGAGUUGGUAGGCACUAGGUUUACCUUCUAGAGGCUUCCAGACAUUCGGGGAAAGAGGUGGACAGUGUUGUGACUCCAUGUAAGGCACAGUCACUGAGGUGUCAGAAGGACAGCAUGAGAGGGAAUGUGGGCAUCUCUGUCAGAUGGUGUCUGGUGGUAGAAAAUCCAGCUUUUUAGUGAAAUCCAGGGACCCUGGGGCCAAAAGCUCACUCGAAUCUUGUAUUAUAUUUAUUUCUUGGAAAGGGGAAUUGAUGAAGGGGGGAUGGGUGAUCUGCCCAAACAGGCAGUUACCAAAUGGUGGAGCCAGGACUCAGCUCCUUUAAGAAGGUGGCUGUCAUACAAACUCACUUGAUGGUGAGGUCUGUAAUGCAAGUAACAUAUGUUCCACUAACUUUCUCCUUCCCCUUUUUUUUCAGCUCUGAAGAAUCAUCUGGACCAGUUUAACUCCAGAUCCGGUUUCUAAUAUGUUAUACAAUUUAUCCACAAAGUAAAGAAUAGCAAUGAGCACACCAUCUUCUUCACAUCUUACCUUAAAUAUUUUAUGCAUAUUUUAAAAAAAAUUGGAGACUAAUAUCCUAGAUUUCCAGAAUAAUAAAGCUUCAAUGAGUGUUUUGAUCAGAAUAAUAAAUAUGGUUAAGAACAAGAGUUGAUCAUAUGUCAAACCCUCUGUACUUUUAUUAGUUGGACGUGGUUACUCAUCUUUGGUUUAUCACAGCAUAAGUGAUUUGUUUAAAAAACUUAAGAAACUUGAGAUAUUUUCUUUUUGGUAAGGUGAAGAGGCCUAGCUGAAGUCUGUCACUGUGCUUAGCAGCCUAGCAGUUCCAUCCCCCACCCUCAUGGCUACUUCUGCUUUGUUAUUUUUACUAAAAAUAAAAAACUAAAAAAAAAAAAACCAAAAACCUAAAAACAUUUGUGCCAGAGUGAAGUGAAGUGGUUUCUAGGUAGCCUUAAAUGUCUGCAAGCCUGUGUGCAGUUUUCAUCACCCCAAGAGCCAGUGGGUGUCUUAGAAGGUUCUUGUAGAAGCAGGCUCCUCAAACAAGGGUCCAGAGGAAAGGAGUCCAGAGGAAGGACUCCAAGGCAGAACAGUAGGAGGUGCUCGAUGAAGGGCAGGGGAGGAAACUGAGGGGAGUAGGGAUUUCAGACGUGCUGGCCCCACAGGGAGCUCUAGAGCAAAGAUCACCUCUUAACGUUUGUCUUGGUGAUGUGCACAGCCUGUUGCUGGCUCUACAGGAGCUGUAUGCUAGGAUGAAAGCCCAGGUAUUUUGGGGUAUGAUUAUGGUUAUCCGUGGCAAAUUGUGUAAAGGCUGGGGUCUGGUUCUUACUGCAGGGCGUGGGAGGAGCAUCAGGACUACUGUGUUUCCUGGUAAAUUCUGUUGGGCCUACAGCACACGCAGUCUGAAAACCCCACUCCUCGUUCAGCGUUUCAGCUAAUGUUAAAGAGGGAAUGCUAAUUUGAAACUAAGUUUGAAUCCUAAUCUUACAAAAGUUACUAUAACAUUUCUGACUUGAGCUUCUAAUUUUGAUAGUUUAAUUGUGUCCCCAAAGCUCCUUUUGUGGCUGGAGGUUUAGUCCCCGGAGUGGUGAUGAGAAGUUGUGGGACCCAUAUGAGGAAGUCUAGUGGGAAGUCCUGUCAAGGGACAAGGAGCCUUCUGAGUUCUGAAAGGGUUGGUAUAAAGGCAGCAAACCUGGCGUCUUCUGCCCUUCUGUUGCUCCAGCAUGUAAAGUACUCACUCCUGAUGGAGUCCUCCAUCGCUGUUGGUGGGAAAGAGGAACCUAUGGCAUAGAGCCUGUGCUUAUCACUAACAGUUUGAAAUUUCCAAACCCUUUAGUUAAAUAAAUCUCUUCUUCCUAA